AUGAAUUACGGGAUACAACAAGGUGUCGUGAUGGAGAACAGAGGAUCUUCCAUCUUCAAGAGACGAAGCAACAAGAAGCAGACGAAGGAUAUUACUAGCGCUAGUACUAUUAGCAGUGGUACUACCAACCACCACCACCACCACCACCAGCACACGGCAUCCAUCUUUCGCAAGCCACAAGAAACAAAAAAGAAGGGCUUGAAGAGACUCUUAUUCUUCAGUUUCAAGUCAAAGUCGUCAAACAAGAAUCAUCACUCUUUGCCAUCUCUUACCUGCGUCAACGAAAUGACUUGGUCCAUCUCCUCGGACGACUCGGAGUCGUCGUCUUGUGGGAGGAGGAAAAGUUUCUCCAUCAGCUCGUGGGGUCAUUUGAGCUGUAACUCGAUUGUGGCGUCACCGCUCAGUGUCAAAUCAGGGAACAAACGAAAUGGCAGUGUGUCACCAACGUCUAGUACUAGUAGUAGCAGAAGUGGUGGAGAGGGACUUGAAACCAACAAGAACAACAACAACAACCUGAAGGAGGAACUCGUUUCCCUACGAGCCACCCUCAACGAGUUCCAAAAGAAUGAGUGUGAAUAUCGCAACAUUUGCGAUGAAUAUGAAGCUUUUGUUCAAGAGCAAGACGCAGAGAUGGAACAAAAGAAAUUGAAAAUCAUGCACUUGAAGCAAGUGGUAGAAAUGAUGGAUUCCAAGAAUGCCGAGGAAGCGAAAAAAUGCCAGGAUCUCGAACAGGACUUGUCGGAUUGCCAGACUCGUUGUGCUGACCAGGAGCGCACCAUCCGAGCCAAAGAUAUCAAGGUAACCAAACGAGAACGAGAGCUGCAACAACAAAAACGAGUGUACACGACACUCGUCUUGCAAAGCCAAGCGGCUACUCAAAAGCUUCAAGAGACGAUCACCGCACAUGAAUCCCACAUACGAAACCUUAAGGCUCAAUUGGAGGCAGCUUCCAGACGCGAAGGGCUCCAAAUACUUCAAAUUGAGACAUUCAAUCAAGAGCUGGAAACGGUCAGUGAACGCUAUCGACUCGAUUCGGCCAAGGCGGAAGAGAAAUCACAAGAAAACCAACGUCGAUGGACCAUGUGGGAAGAGUGA